UACAAUUUGUGUUCGACACUAUCGAUGAAAGAUCAAGUUUCCUUAUCACGGAUGAAAUAACUGUCUUCAGAGUAAUCCAUUUAGCGAGUCACAAAGUACGGAUGAAACCAUUAAUGAAUUAACCCCCAAGGGUGCUGAAAGGAAGAAACAAUUUCUUGUUUUUCCCCUGUCUAAAUUUCUCCGUGCACGUUUUCUUGCCGCAGGUAGGAAAUUUCUUCACGGGUAAGGAAUUUCUUAACUAGUGGUUUUCUUUUCAGUGGGCCCACCCUGAAUGCACACUAGUCCGGUCACUUGGCAACGAGCCGAAGUUCUUCAAAACAUUUUAAGACACAAGUGUUUAGAUUUAUAUGCUCACGGGAAACACUGACAAACAGUAAUAUUAACAAUGUGACCGCAGUUGAUGUUAUUACAAAAAAAGUAGCGUUAGAAAUUCCUCUCGCCCCUUACUGGUGUGAUUUUUUAUCUUGUAACUUCAAUUAGCACCCUCUGCCCUAAACGGAACAGCCAGAACCACGUGGCCACGUCUAAAGUCACGCUUAAACUUGCGUGUACGCGCGUGAUGGAUGACAUUGAUAUAGCUCGCGAAAACGCCUGGUAAUGAAUGCUCAAUUAAUUAAGCCGUAACCGAAUAUGUGAAAACAAUCGCUGCCUUCUAAACAUGCUAAUAAGUGAUAAUGCAUAAUGAGGUUAAAGAUCCAAUUUUUGAACAUCGAUGGCUAGUCCCGGGUGGCUAGUCGUCUGGAACAACAUUCCUUGUUUAACGCACAAUAUAAAAAGAUUAAGUGGCGACAGCAGUGCGGACACUGGAGCUGUAGAGGUGAUGUCUUCGCAAUCACCGCACCUGAGCCGAGCACAGAAGCGCUUUCUGAAAAAGAUCGCAAGCUUCUUUUACGUAACAGUCACAGUUGUCAUCGUCACUGUAUUUCUUCGAGACUGGUCUCAGGUCUGGACGGUUGAUUCUUCUCCUCGCACGAGACAAUUACGAUCGGUGAAGAUCUACACAGAACUUGAAUUGAUCACAAGACAACCAGGGGAAGAGAAAGAGGUCGCACGUACGAAAACAACAGAAACGCCGGUAAGCAUAACAGCCGAUCAUUCAUGCUCUAUCAGUACUGUCGAUGCACCAGCAACCGGGGAUGAAUUACCUGCAGAACACAAGACUACUCUAACAACUAAGGCGACCUGUAAUCAACAUUAUUUUCUCCUCAUUCUCGUGUCCUCUGCUCCGGCUUAUUUCGAAAGAAGGCGAGCAAUCCGUCAAACAUGGGCUGCUGACAGCGUCAUCAAAUCACGCUGGAAGACUGUUUUCCUUCUCGGCCAAUCCCGAGACAAAAAUAAUUCGGAGCUGCUUUUGCGCGAGGAGGCGUUUUACGGGGACAUGAUUCGAGCUAAUUAUUAUGAACACUACUGGAACCAAACUCUUAAGAUUGAGAUGGGUUUCGAGUGGGCAGCCAGAUACUGUAGUUUUACAUUUCUGCUCAAAGCGGACGACGACGUUUUUAUCAACCCGCCGGCUGUCAUCGCUGUCCUGAACAGGACCACUACACCCAAACAGAAACUUUACAUGGGAUACGUGUACAGAAAUCCUGUGGUUCAAAGAAAGGGAAAAUGGUUAUUGCGCCAAGAGGAAUACAAUGGCACGCAUUAUCCCGACUUUUGCGCGGGUCCAGGAUAUAUUCUAUCCCUAGAUGUCGUACAUUCAUUUGUUAGCAUUUUUGGCAGCAUACCGAAGUUUAAGUUCGACGAUGUUUAUGUUGGAAUGCUCGCCGCAAAAAUCGGCCUUCACGCCAUUCAUGACAGAGGCUUCCAAACGCCGCCAUACUUAUCCACCACAUGUGUUUUGUAUGACAACACUUUAGUAAGGCACGGAGCUGUAGGCCAAUGCCUACUUGACCUUUUCAGAAAGGCGAUGCCCUCUUUUAGCUAGCAUAUGCGUAAUAUAAUUCAUUAGAUAAUCUAAAAUGAGGCCGGCGAACUAAAACGAAAAUAUCCUCAGUUGCGAUCGACCAUUUGGACAAUGCCUGAUUAUCGCAAGUUGCUAGAUUCCGUCAAUUGGGUAUAUGCGAGCUAAGGAAGAUAUACAGAGCCAGUAUCUAGGAAUGGAAUGAAUGAUAUCAAUCAAUCUCAGCGCAUUUUUUGCCGGUAUUUACUCACGCGGACCGGCGAUCACACGAAGGCCUGCCGUUAUCCGAGUGCUAGCUUGAUUACCGGUAGGCAGUGGGCUCCACAAACAAUAACUCGACCUUCGCUGUCAAAACUAUUACGUUAACUAGCUUCUAAACUGAUGAGGAUAGAAAAGCCUCUAAAACAGUUCCACAUGCGAGUCGUGCUCGAUCAAUUCCGAUAAAACGAGCAUAGAAGGAGCUAUCGAUCGUUAUGGGCGUGAAAACUGACAGUUCCGUAACUGCAGCUUGGGGAAUUUAUCGGUUCCUGGUCGGUUUCGUAAGGUAUGUUCGUUAUUUCGUGCUUUCAUGGAGGAACCUUCGCAUGCAACAGAACAGAACAGAUAAGAAAUCAGGUGUCAAUAGACCCGUCGUGACAUAAGAGCUUUAUUUGAUCUUAUUUCCCGGUUACUCUCAUUAAUAAUCAGCAAAGUAUAUUCCGUGUAAUGAUCCCCCACCCCCUGCCCGUAAUGCCACCCGUAUAAAAUUGCGUUUUUUUUUGCAGAUUACUCAGUAUGUGCACACACACUAAAUAAUAGAAAGACCAGCAUCUCUUGUACCUUUGAACAGUGACCUUUGGAAAUUUACGUGUUUUGUUGAUAAGUAGAAAUCCUUUAAUCUCUCCGGCACGAUUCAGGAGGAUUGUGUUUCCUCCUCUGCCUGAGAUCGAGAGAUAUUCCAAAGUAGACCUUGUACCAAAGAAAUAUGAUAACUAUCUAAUAUUGUAAUAUUUAGGCUGCCUAUUCCGUCAAUAAAAACAAAUUUAUGAAAACCCCCUUGUUUUGAAAAGUGGAAAUCACGCGAUUAAACGAUUAAACACCACAAUUGCGAUAGUGAGAAUCUAUGACAGCAAGUCUUAUUAUUUUGAGAGAUAAACAGGACCACGACCCAGAAUCCUGAACAGAGGUGAAUAGCGCCCCGCGGAAUACUUGAGAUGUUUAUCAUAACAAGGCAGUAACAAAGAUCGUAAAGUAAAUAUCGAGACACUGGGGGUUGAAAAGACGGUCCGGGGGCUAAAGUGUGACAGAAGUUGGGGGUCUGCUCUUUCUGGCCUCUCAUUGACCUCAUUGAAAGACAAUCUUCCAAACUAGCGGCGAUAGACAGUUCUACUGACCGCAGUCGAUGAAAAUUGAGCUCUCCAACUGCCUAAACAUUUCAACACAGAAUUCUAAAAACCUUUUUUUAGCUCUCGAGAUACAUCGAUUGUCUGGCAAUUAUAAGCAAGUAUAUCAGUAAUAUCGUUUCCCCUCAAUAGUGUGCCAUGACCGUAACAGAUCAGUUUGACCGGUCAGAGUUUCACGAGUUCGUGUAAUAUAUGUCGAGUAACUCUUCUCUCCCCAGUAUCUUACAGAAAUGUCAACGAACGAACGAGCUCGCACCUGGAGUGAGCAGCCAGUUUACCCAUACAUCACUUCGCACAUUACACAAGCUUGUAGUUGAGAUUUGAACUGUCAACAGCUCUUCACCACUAAAAGCUGCCGGUUUGAUUUCAGACAGGACGAUUUCAACUGAGAACACUUUUAAAAAUUACAAUAACAAAAUAAAACACUGGCAGAUCUCAUUUGGAUAAUUUUCGCCACCACCUUACAGGUGUGGGUUUUGAGAUCGUGUUGUGUGUGGCUUCUGUGUACAUCAAAUUCAGAACUUCUCCCUUUAUGACCAGAGGUUUUGGUUGACUACCAUCCCGGGGCCACCUCAUAUAACUUUAAUAGAUAUAAAGACAAAUUCUAGAAGCCAUCUUUCAACACUGCAAACUGCAGCCCUGAGGGAAAAUUCCGGCACCAAAGAAGCUAACAUGUCAGGAUGACUUCUCAGUGUACUGCCUGAAACUGAGUAGGGUGUUGUCUGGGUCUUAAUUGUUUGUUUGGAGAACAAAUUGCUCAGUGAACGUGCCAAGCACGUGCUUGUGUCGUGUUAAGGCCUGGUAUGGAGUUUAAGGGCUUUAGGACUGAUGGUCUAGACAUGAUUUCAACAGUCCAUUGAUCAUAAUGCGUGCCAUUCACGUGAUUUAGGAAGCCUGUUUGCCUCGGACUUGCACCUGUAGAUUCUGUUUAUUGCCUUUUUUUGUGCGCACACCGGGGCUGGGUUUUCUGGACUGUAGUGUAUUCCUUGCCUUGCAGACCCGAGUGCAAAUGGAAAUAUUUGACUGUCUCACAUAGUUCCAAUCAUAACGUCUACAGAGUCAGUGUUGUAAGUCUGAGUCAAUGCUAAACCUUUUGCGGUUUCAUU